AAUUUAUCUCCAAAGGACACGGACAAAUUGUUGCAAGAGACCAGCUCCCACAAUCUCCUAAACCGGACCAAUUCAAAUCAAACCAAACCGAUCAUGUCAAGUAUUUAAAGGAGAGACAUGAAAAAGAAGAUCUCUCUAAGCAAAAGAAAAUAUGGGUGUACUUGAAAACCUAUGGGAUGACGUUGUGGCUGGUCCUCGACCUGAAGCCGGUGGCCGUGGCCAUCUCCGGCGAAUCUCCACCGGUUUAACUAGCUUGAACAAUACCACAGAAGGAAUGUCAGUGGCCGGAUCGGUAUCUCUUCCGGCGAGUCCGGCUACUCCGGUGACACCAGGAUCUGGUCGGAAAGUGGAUGUGUGGAGGAGUGUAUUUCAUCCGGCAAGUAAUGUGACCACAAGGGAGAUUGGUGCUAAUGUCUUUGACAAACCCUCUCAUCCUAAUUCUCCAACGGUUUAUGAUUGGAUGUAUAGCAACGAGAGCAGGAGCAAGCACCGUUGAAGCUUACCAUUUAUCAACGAACCGUCAAAUUAAUAAAUCAAGACUUCAUAAAAUUAAAUCGUCAACUUCGAUUUUCAAGACGGUUAAUAAUCAAUUGAAUGUGCCGUAUAAUUAAUGUUUAAAUAAAUUCGAAAGACGAAAUCAUCAUCUUUAUUAAUUUCAAACAAUCAAAAUUGGCUUGCAAAUACAGUUUUAUGGUCCAAAAAGACGUUUCUAACUUUUGCAUAGCGUUCAAUUAAUUCUUUUACAUUUUCCAUUAUAGCAAUCAAACUAAUUAGCUCGUGGAUAC